AUGGAGAGGGUGCAGCAGAGGUCACAAAUCGCCCCUAAUUCUCUCCGGGGUGAAAUGAACAGUCGUCUGAGCCUUCAGCUGAAUCAAGGUGCUUUUUACGGUGGAAGAAAGCGCGAGAAUUUCAGCGACAGGUCACCGACGACGGGGGAAUCGACAGAAGUCGAAGACGACGAGCCCGAGGACGAUUACACCGAGGAACAAUUGAACAACUCUUGUAAGAACCUAGGGCCGACUCAAAGACCCAUGAUAUGCGGCGUUUGCCACUUGGCACCCGGCGUUGCUGGUGUUGCCGGCGUUUCGACAAACCCGGGACCAAUGCUCACGUGCACCCAAGGCCAUCUUCUUUGUCAGCAGUGUCUUCACCGUUACACAGUUUGUUCAGACAUAGGCUGUGUGGUGUGCGGAGCAGAUCUUUACGCGUCGACGGCAAGCUGCUGCCGCAUAACGCGUCAGCCGAACGUGCAAUCAUCGUCGGUUGAUCCCCGAGGGGUGGUCCAGGUGAUCCGGAAUGCAACGCGAUCGUCGACACCGGGUGAUGAGGCGGAAUAUCAGCCGAAGAAUUGGUCUCGAAAUUUCAACGAGGUUGCAAGAACGGGGCCGGCAAUUCCUGGAAGCAAUUCGCGCUGCACAACUGGGUAUAAUUCCGGAUGGGAGGGAGAUUCCGGAGACGUGGGGCAGCCCUUGGCGAACGCCAGUUCUUCGCGACUUCACCGUCAUCAACAGCGAAGUUGCUGCAGCAUCGCGAGAGGCGGCGACGCUGACCUGGAACCGGAAGUCCGGAAGAGAAUCGGGAACUUCCCCAGGGAUGCAGGCAACGGAAACGCCGCUCUGAUUCACACCGAGUGUUCCCGAAGGCCCAUCAGGUGUCCCAGACUAGACUGCGCCGUCAACGUCGCCUUUUCCGCCCUUACUCAUCACUUCCUCUUUGACCAUCCCGAGGUUCCGAUCCUCAGCGUUGAACCUGGCGCCAAAAGCACCCUCAUCGUCAGCUUCGCGUCUCUCUCCUGCGACUCGAGUCGCUGUCUUGCUUUGCUUUUAGUUUCCGGUAAACUCACAGGUGCAGCGGCCAGAUUGUUCAACGGAAGUCAGAUCCAGCCUAGGUACCGCAACAGACUUCCGCUCCCGGUUUUGGCCGCGCGACUUCAUUGUUCGAGUCAAAAUCCUCGCGAGGACGACGGAAAGGCUCACGGCGAGGGGCAAACUCAGGGCGACAUCGUAAUAGCUUGGGUUGCCGGCCUGGACGUAGGGGAUGCAGCGAGUGGCACUUUGCGAUGCAGUAUUCAAGUAGUCGACGGGAACGACGACGGUGGACUGCGAUCGUUGACGUAUACGGGGCCGGUAAAUUCUCUGCGAACAGCGCAACGUCCACGAGAAGUCUUCGCAACCGGUGACUGCGUAAUUUUGCACCAAGGCUUCAUCAACCACAUUACAUCCGGCUGCACCAGCCUCAAUGUAAACGUGAGCGUGCACUGAUCGAAAAUCAAAGCACAUCGGGCCCAUAAAAACGACGGCUCGUUUGUAUCGUCCCAUAUAUUUGCAAAGAUCAUUUGAUGAUUAUAGAAAGUAUAUAUAAAAUAAAUAAACAAAUAAAUUAUCACAAAACGCAUUGCUAUAAUAUUAACAUUGCUAUAUAUUUUUAACUGCUAGUGGGAUAGUACGGAAAUGUUUCAUA